AUGUUGUCCUCGGCAUCAACAUCAACAGCAUCCACAAGCCUACUCUCAUCUGCAACGGGCGAAGGCCUCAAACACCUCUAUCGAACUAUACUACAGCAAGCUCGACUUCUCUCGCACACACUCGACGACCCCGUCGUUUUCUCCUCGCACCGCUUCUUGGCACGCAAGAACCUCGAACCCCUCCUCUCCGAUCCUUUGCCUCUGAUUGAGGCUGUUGCUGAACGACAAUGGCCACCACCGACAGCGACGAAACGGGUCCUGCGCGCGCAGAUGCACCGUCGCCAUCUAGCAGACGCGAAUUACGGCUGGGAGCACAGCGUACGCCGUGCGCUCUGGCUCGCGUAUGCACGGAAAGGCAAGCUGCGACGUGAUGCUCUUUCCGAUCUGUCUCCCGUCGCUUCCUCCAGCGUCGAGGAACAGAAGUACGAGAAACGGUUGAGAAAGAGAGAGUUCUCGCCGGUGCUGCAGACACUGCUCACGAACUCGGCCAGCAUGAACGGUGCCAGCGUCAAGAGUCGCGAUCACCUGACGGGGAGACCUCCGCCGCCGUUUCUGCCGGGCGAAGAUGAUCCACUCGUCAAGUACUUUGGCAAGGCGAUGGGCAGGAGGCGGGUGGUGAAUGCGCAAGGCAAAUUCGUCAAGGCGUAUCUGAAGAAGGUGCUGGUUCCGGUGGAUGUGAUUUCCUCCACCAAUGGAGGGUGGGAAGAAGGUCUGUUUGCUCAUCUGGAGUCCAAAGCUCGACCGCCCAAGGAACACGUUGCUGGCUAUCCGCGGCGCUUCAACGCUGUCGUUCCACACCUUCGCACACCUCGCGAAUCUGCCCCGGCUCACACCACUCAAUCGUUACCCUGGCUAGCCAGCGCGGCGCAAAGCAUCCCGCUCUACCGCUCCGACUUGAACCCGAGCGCACACCGAAAACGCACGCUCCGUGUCCACGGAUGGACGUCGCACCCGAAAGAUUUCAACCGUCCGCGCCUCCGCCGCCGACUCUACGCAAAGCUGCUCGACGACGCACCCCUGCUGCUCCUCCUCGACGUCGACUCUACUCUUAAAGCCGACGAAUCGAGUCGGACCCGGAGGAAGAAGAACAACGACCCGCUCGGCAUCCGUGCCAAGAUCGAGCCGUGUGUGCAGAUCGACGGACGCGCAAAGAUGAAGCUGGUCAAGUCUCGAUUUGCUGUGGGGCCGCGAUCGAGGGGUGCCGAGGUCGCGCCGAGACAGGAAAGGGACGGGGAGGAGCGGGUGCUGGAGGGGUUGCAUGCGUCCGAGGUUGCGUUCCUGCGCGAGCGGGGCUGGGUGUUGUAA